AUGGCAUUCAGUCGCAUUGAGCCUGCUCAAGACGAGACUCCCGAAACACCAAUCAGUCUCACUUCUAAAUCGGCUAUUCUGUCCAAUACAACUCCGUUUGUAUCACUGAACUCAACAGUACCGUCUAUCACAUCCCAAGUUACCGGUAGCCCCGAAAAGUUUGUUGAAAUGAUGGAAUUGUUGUUGCGCAAAUUGGACGAAUCAAUGGUUUAUCAGCGAGAGUUGGACAGGAAACUAACUUUACUAUUAGCUCGUGAAUCGCCGGUCACAUCACUGCUGAGAUCUUCUACUGCCGAAGCGGUUGUGGCCGUUUUGAACCAAAAUCGAAAGUCUGUUGACAGCACCACCACCACCACCAACAACAAUGACUUCCAGUGUGUCAGUUCAAGUAAUAGAAAGAAUGUUGUAAUCACUACCAAUAAUAAUUACAACAACUUGCCUGGCACUGCUAUCACCACCAGCAUCAAUGAAAAGAUGACCAACUGUCACAAAAGUGUCCUACCUCGUUUACCGCUCUGUCGAAUGCGUGAUUUCGAGAAUUUGGAACGUCAGUUGAUCAAUCCAUUGUUGUUUCAAGAGAUGGUUAAUAAUCUGACGAAAACCGAUGGAAACACUGUGAAGGAUGUGGUUUGUAAUGUGCUCAAACGUCUGUUCACUGCUCCACUCGCGUUGUGUAUCAAUUGGACCGGAAAGCUUGGGAAAAAAUCGUUUCGGGACACUAUAGUGUGUUCAGUUGUGACCACGACAUGCGCUCGCAUUCCCGUCUCCGCUAUGGCUACCCCAAGGGAGAUUGAAUCAAUGAUUAAGUUGGCAUUCCGUAUGAACCACAGUCGCGAACAGCUCCGUCUACGUCGGGCCCGUAUUGGGAUGCCGUUGAAUAGAGAACCCAAGGGUAAAUGA